GCUUAAUAAAAACGUGGUUAACACAUUUUUUUCGUUGCUGGUGUUGUUGUUUAUUAAUUACGCCGAUUUUGUUUUUAUUUGAUUAUAGUUAUUAUUUUGUAUCAAAUUAUGGCUUCUUCGCAGUUGCAUGUUUUAUUUGAACAUGCUGUGGGUUACAGUCUAUUCAGAGUAGAUGAAUAUGAAGAGAUAGCUCAAAGUAUCCCUAAAGUUGAGAAAGCUUCAUUAAAUUUCUCUAAUUUCAAGAAAUUAGUCAAAUUAAUUGCAUUCACUCCAUUUAAAACUGGUGCUACCUCUUUGGAGAACAUGCUGACUUUAUCUGAGGGUAACUUAUCUGAAGAUUUAAUCACAUUCUUGGAGAAACAUGGUAAAGCAAAGAUGGCUCUUGGUGUUGCUGAUCCUAAAAUUGGUACAGCUAUUCAAGAGAAAUUCCCUCGCAUUGUUUGUCAACACACUGGUGUUGUUCCUGAGCUUCUUCGAGGAAUUAGGUUCCAUGCUGAUAAGUUACUCGACUUAACAGCCAAAACCACAAUCGAUCCCGCUGAAGCCGGUCUGGCUAGAUCCUUUUCCAGAAGUAAAGUUAAAUUCAAUGUUAAUAGAGCUGAUAACAUGAUAAUUCAAAGCAUAAGUUUAUUAGAUCAAUUGGAUAAAGACAUAAACACAUUUGCAAUGAGACUGCGAGAGUGGUACUCUUAUCAUUUUCCAGAAUUAUUGAAGAUUGUUAAUGAUAAUUAUCUUUACGCCUGUGUUGUUCAAUUGAUUGGUGAUAGAAAGCAAAUAGACGAGACGACUAUAUAUCCAGAGCUGAAAAAUAUCGUCGAUAAUGAGGAUUCCUGCAGUCAAAUCAUAAGUGCGGCGAAAACUUCAAUGGGGAUGGAUAUUGCCGAAAUAGAUUUAAUAAAUAUUUCUAGCUUUUCAUCAAAAGUUAUUAAUCUUGUUCAAUAUCGGCGUCAGUUGAUGGGUUAUUUGCAAGGUCGAAUGGCCAAUGUAGCCCCAAAUUUAUCUGCUCUUAUUGGAGAAACUGUUGGAGCUCGUCUUAUAUCUCAUGCUGGUAGUUUGAUCAAUUUAGCCAAGUAUCCAGCUUCGACUGUCCAGAUUUUAGGAGCCGAAAAAGCUUUGUUUAGAGCUUUAAAAACACGUGGUAACACCCCCAAGCAUGGUCUUCUUUUCCAUUCAAGUUUCAUCUCUAAAGCAGGACCUAAAAAUAAAGGUCGCAUUUCUAGAUUCUUGGCAAAUAAAUGUUCAAUUGCUUCUCGAAUUGAUUGCUUUAAUGAACAGCCAGCAGAUGUAUUCGGAGUUACAUUGAAAGACCAAGUUGAAGAAAGACUUGCUUUCUAUGAAAAUGGAAACGUACCCAAAAAGAACAUCGAUGUAAUGGUCGAGGCUAGUGAAAAGGCUCGUAUUUUAGCUGACAAAAGAGCUAAGAAACUUGCAAAGAAAGCUAAAAAAGAAGCCACAAUUAAAAAUGAGUUUGAUGAAACUAUUUCCAACUUGGAAGCUUCCGAUGAAACUGGUGAACCCAAAAAGAAGAAGAAGAAAAGCGACAUUGUAGAUGUUAAGCAAGAAAAUGCUGACGAAAUGAACGUUGAUACCCCAGUGAGUGGAAAGAAGAAGAAGAAAAAGAAUAGGCAAAGCAAUGCUUCAGAGGCUGAUCAAGAAAACUCACAGAUUGGUGAUGGAAUGAACGUUGACGAUGAAGCAAAUGAUUCAAUUGCUGAUAACCAAAAUGAAAAAAGUGGAAAGAAAAAGAAAAAGAAGAAGCAAAAAAAUGCUGCAGAGAUCGAUCAAAACAAUGGCCUGGAUGAGAUGAUCACUGAUGAAAAUAAUGGCUCAAUGGUAGACGAAGGAGUUGAAGACAGUGAAUCCGCUCGCAAAAAGGCCAAGAAACUCGCCAAGAAAGCGAAAAAAUUAGCUGCAAUCAAAAGUGAAUUUGAUGAAACAAUUUCUGCACCGGAGGUUGGCGAUGAAACUGAUGAACCUAAAAAGAAGAAGAAGAAGCGGGUCUGAUUGAUCUAAUACUGGAAUUAUCUCAGCUUUACAUUAUUAUUACAUUAUUUAAGAAUUUUCUUUCCAAGCAAAUGCAUCAUGUAUCAUAAUUAACAUAAGGUAUAUUUUAUUAUAAAUUAUAAUUCAUGUAAUUUGUAAAAAAUUAAGUAUACCUAUAAAUCAUGAAUAUGACAGAAAAUAAAUAAAACAACAAAAAUUAAAA